AUGACUGCCUUAAACCACACUGGUGUGAGCCACACAGUCUUCCGCCUGCUGGGCAUCCCUGGCCUUGAGGACCAGCACAUAUGGAUCUCCAUCCCCUUCUUCAUUUCCUACAUCAUCGCCCUGCUUGGGAACAGCCUACUCAUCUUCAUCAUCCUCACAAAGCGCAGCCUCCGUGAACCCAUGUACCUCUUCCUCUGCAUGCUGGCCGGAGCAGACCUUGUCCUCUCCACGUGCACAGUACCGCAGGCCUUGGCCAUCUUCUGGUUCCGUGCUGGGGACAUCUCCCUGGAUCGCUGCAUCACUCAGCUCUUCUUCAUCCACUCCACCUUCAUCUCUGAGUCAGGGAUUUUGCUGGUGAUGGCCUUUGACCGCUACAUUGCCAUAUGUUACCCGUUGAGAUACACCACUAUUCUUACACAUACACUGAUUGGGAAAAUCGGUGUGACUAUCUUUUUGAGAAGCUUUGGCACAAUUUUCCCCAUAAUAUUUCUCCUGAAAAGGCUGACUUUUUGCAGAAAUUACAUUCUUCCACACACUGGUUGUGAGCACAUUGGCUUGGCCAAAUUUUCCUGUGAUGACAUACAAGUAAACAUCUGGUAUGGGUUUUUUGUCCUAAUGUCAACAGUGACCUUAGAUGUUGUGCUAAUUUUUGUUUCAUAUAUGCUUAUUCUUCAUGCUGUCUUCCGUAUCCCUUCUCAAGAUGCUCGCCACAAAGCUUUCAAUACAUGUGGCUCCCAUGUCUGUGUCAUCAUCCUCUUUUAUGGACCUGGGAUCUUCUCAGUCCUCACCCAGCGGUUUGGACACCAUAUCUUACCCUAUAUCCAUGUCUUAUUGGCCAAUGUCUGCAUUCUGGCUCCUCCUAUGCUGAAUCCCAUCAUUUAUGGGAUCAAAACCAAACAGAUCCGGGACCAGGUGACUCAUGUCUUGUUUCCAAAAGUAAUAUGA